AUGAAGAAAGGGAAACCAAACAACACUUUAUUGAAUUACUUCGCCAGCCGUGAGGGCAACGCGAGUGUCAGUAAGAGUGACCACAAGACCAAUGGCGGACACAAUGGCAAAGCCGGCUCUGAUCACCCGGUACAUAGAAGUGUUAUCAAUACCCAGGGUCCAAAUAAGAAGUUCGUGAAUAAACGUUUGACCGAAAAUGAAAUGAUAGCCAAUGCGUUCGGAUUUUUAUUGGCUGGCCAUCAGACCACAUGCUUCGCACUGUCCUAUUGUCUACACGAGUUGGCCCUCAAUCCGUCUGUCCAACAGAUACUAUACGACGAGAUAAACGGUGCCACCGAUUUGGACGGACAGAUACCGUACGACAGUGUGUUGGCACGACUACCCUAUUUAGACGCCGUCUUAUCGGAGACCCUGCGCCGACAUUUUGCUGUUAGUCCCAUAUCACGGGUCGCCGCCAUUGACUACACACUCGGCAACACCGGUAUCACCAUUAAGGCCGGGCAACAAAUUGAAAUACCCGUCUAUUCAAUACACAAUUCGGAUAAGUAUUUUGUGGAUCCGUUUCGCUUUAACCCGGAUCGGUUUUUGGUCCAAAAUCGUCGUAAUAUAAGGCCAUACACUCUGUUGUCAUUCAGUAGUGGCCCUCGAAAUUGCGUUGGGGAGCGAUUCGCCAUGUUGACAAUCAAAAUGACCCUGGCACACAUGAUCAGAAAGUAUCGAUUUAAUACAUGCACCGAAACCGAUGACCCAAUUCGCUACCAAAAGUUCACUCACUUUAUGUUACCCGAGAGGUUGAUCGUUAGAAUUGAGCCCAGGGUGUGA